AUGCCCAACUGUGGGGGUACUGGUGGGCACUUCAGUGGAGGCGGAGUCGGCCCCCUUUCAAGGAAAUAUGGUCUUGCUAGAGAUAAUGUCAUUCUGGGAGAAGAUUUGUUUUGGGCAAUUAGCGGAGGUGGUGGAAAUAGCUUCGUGAUUGUUGUUGCAUGGAAGAUCAAAUUAGUACCGGUUCCUUCUACUACUGUAACUGCGUUUACAGUAGACAAAAGCUUAGAAGAUGGAAUAACUUCACUUUUGCAUAAGUGGCAACAUGUUGCACACAUGCUUCCUCCAGAGAUCUACAUAGUAAUCUCGGUAGGCGCAGGGGACCGAUAUGCUAACAAGUAUAAAAAGUUGAUGGAUGAGAAAUUUCCCGAGUUGGGUCUGACUGGUAACGAUUUCAUCGAAAUGAGUUGGAUUCAAUCUGUUUUACUCUUGGCUGGACUUCCUGCUAACAGCUCAACCGAUAUUUUACUGAAUGUGCCUCAAAAGAAGUUAUUCUUCAAGGGGAAAUCAGAUUAUGUCAGACAACCUAUCUCACAAACCGGUAUAGAAUUGAUGUGGCAAAGAUUAGUAGAUGACAAGCAAACCGCUUUGUUGCUGACACUGUAUGGCGGACGGAUGAGCGAGAUAUCGGAAUCCGCUUUGUUGUUAUUGAUAUGCUUAUCUUCCUCAAUAAUAGAUGUUUAG